AUGUUCAAGCAAACGGUGGUGAUGCUCAAGGAGGCCUCUAGGCUUUCCUACAAAAACAUGCUCAAAGAUCCUUCGGUGAAAUAUUCCCGAGCACAAGGUGUCAUCUUGAAAGACAGAACAUGGCCGGACAAAUUGAUUGAAAAGGCCCCAAGAUGGCUCUCAACAGAUCUCAGAGAUGGUAACCAGUCGUUACCAGACCCUAUGUCUGUCGAACAAAAGAAGGAGUAUUUCCACAAGCUGAUUGAAAUUGGAUUUAAGGAAAUCGAAGUCUCCUUUCCAUCGGCAUCGCAAACUGACUUCGAUUUCACGAGAUACGCUGUCGAAAACUGUCCAAAGGAUGUUACUUUACAAUGCCUUGUACAAUCGAGAGAACAUUUGAUUAGAAGAACCGUCGACGCGUUGAAAGGUGCUCCAACCGCAGUUGUGCAUACCUAUCUUGCCACUUCGGAUCUUUUCAGAGAUGUGGUUUUCAAAAUGUCGCAAAAGGAGGCUAUCGAGAAAGCAGUGGAAACUGCCAAGCUCGUCAGAUCUUUGACCAAGGACGAUCCUAAACUACAAGAGACCAAAUGGAUCUAUCAAUUUUCUCCAGAAUGUUUCUCCGAUACUCCACCAGAAUUUGCCCUUGAGAUCUGUGAAGCUGUUAAAGCUGCAUGGGAACCGACCGUAGACAAUCCUAUCAUUUUCAACUUACCUGCGACUGUGGAAGUUGCAACUCCAAACGUCUAUGCUGACCAAGUUGAGUACUUCUGCAGAAACAUCUCUGAAAGGGAGAAAGUUAUUGUUUCCCUCCACUGCCACAACGAUAGAGGUUGUGGUGUAGCAGCUAUUGAGCUUGGUUUGAUGGCUGGUGGUGACAGAGUGGAAGGAUGUUUAUUUGGUAAUGGUGAAAGAACAGGUAAUGUCGAUUUGGUUACCCUUGCCUUGAACCUAUACACUGACGGUGUUUCUCCCGAGUUAGAUUUCUCGGAUAUCCAGAGCGUUAUCGAUGUUGUUGAGAAGGGUAACAAGAUUCCAAUUCACGAAAGAGCACCAUAUGGUGGCUCUUUAGUUGUGUGUGCCUUCUCUGGCUCCCAUCAAGACGCAAUCAAAAAAGGUUUCAUUGCACACGAAAAGAGACAAGCAGAAGGUGAUACAAGAUGGUUAAUGCCUUACCUUCCAUUAGAUCCAAAAGACAUCGGCAGAAGUUACGAAGCUGUUAUCAGAGUGAAUUCCCAAUCUGGUAAAGGUGGUGCUGCAUGGAUAGUGCAAAGAUAUCUUGGCUUGGAUCUCCCAAGACAAUUACAGAUUUUAUUCUCCAAGGUUGUUCAAGACAACGCUGAUUCUUUAGGCCGUGAAUUGAAGGCUGAAGAAAUCGUCGCAUUGUUGACUGAAACCUAUAACAUCGACUCGUGCGCAUCAAAUGCAUUGCAAAUAACUGAUUACAAAUACGACAAGAAAUCAGACGAGAUCACUAACAUUUUCGCAAUCAUUGAAUUGAACGGUGAACAACACAAUAUUUCUGGUACUGGUAACGGUCCAAUUUCCUCCUUGCUGAAUGCUCUCGGCAAAUUCUUUAAGUGCGAGUUUGAAGUGGAAGAGUACUCAGAGCACUCUGUUGGUGCAGGUUCCAAAACCAAGGCCGCAUCUUACAUUAAGAUUGACUGCAACGAAAAAUCACAAUGGGGUAUUGGUACCCAUGAGUCCAUCACUAAAUCGACUGUGAACUCUGUUCUUUCCGUUGUCAACAAUUUGUUGAAAGAUGCAGUUAUCAAAAAAUAA